AUGAUUGGAAUGGUAAAUGUUCAGGCUGAUACGCCAUUAGAUUAUUAUGCAUCAGCUCCAGCUUUAACUCGAGAUACUUCACAAAGAAAAAGAGGAGAUAGCGAAUCUGUAUCAUGUAAGUUUAUUUUCAAAGUAAUCUGGAAAUAAUUUCCCACGUGACAAAUUGAACUUUCAUUUCUCAUGAAUUACGUAAUUCAACCCGGUAAUUUUCCAAAAAUAAAUAAUCGGAUUAAAUUACUCGAAUCAUUUGACGCAAUAAUCAAAUCAUUCAAUCAUUUUCAUUUUUGUAGCUUCUCGUCAUGGUUCAACUAAAAGAACUCCAUCGUGGAGACCAUUGUUCAGUGGAUCCAAGAAAAAAGCAUCAAAACCGAAAUAUCUUCAAGAUGGAAGAAAAAAGACAGAAGAAAAACAAGAUGAACCAAACAAAUUGUGGGAAGAACUUGUGCUUCGCUCAUUUGCACAUAAAAUUGAGCAAGAAAUCGCCUCACCAACUCCACUUGAAGCACACAAGAAUUUGAAUAGUGAAUUGGCUAAACUCAAAAUUCAAGGUACAAACAGAAAAUAAAUUUUCUUGACGUGAUAAAUAAUCAAAAUGUAUUUUUCAGAUAAAUCAUUUUAUCGUUCCACAUAUUCGUUGGUCAGCCCAACUCGAAUUGCAAAUAUCGAAUAUGAAGAUCUUGAACAAUUUGAUGAUGAAUCAGUAGAAUCAGAAAAGAAACGAUCAAAUAGUAAUGUUGAUCGACCAAAUAUAUGUCACAUGUUUUUGCCGUUCAUCAAAAGUAUAAAAGGAAAUAAGAAGAAAAACUCGGUUUCUAGUUUGAAUAACAACGAUGAAACAAAAGAAUCGGCUUAAUUUGAAACAUUUACUUUGGCAUUUUACCCCUAAUAAUCAUAAAUAAAUAAAUGAAAUAAUCGUUCAUGUGAUUUUUGUUAUUUUUGUCAAGUAUACAGUACUUAAUUCAAUAAACAUGAUACAAAACUAUACAUCGGAAAGAUGAGACUCGCAGAUAUUCUGUUGCUUUCAGUUAUUGAUGUUUUUAGUAUUUUUAGUAUUUUUUCAUAAUCUUCUGGGUGCUCAUUUUUCAAGAAAAAACCUCACUCACCUCAAAUAAUAUUUCCUCAUUGAUCAAUCAAAAAUCAUUCCACUUGCCCUUUGAAGUGAAUCAUAUGUCUCAAUAUAACUCGUUUUUUUAGUUCCAUAUAAAAUUGAAUCUGAUCUUCUUUUUCAUAGUUCCAAUAUUUGCUUUUCGAUAUCAAAUUUAUUUUUUAUUGCCAGUCGAAUUUUUAAUGUGUGAAAACCUUCUUCUCGAAAACUUUCCCAAAUUCAUAUUUCAUUUAUAGACGGGGGAACAUCGAUGUAUAUUCGAACAUUGAUUGUUGUCAUGUGCCUUCUUAUUGUAAAUGUUAUUUGUCGAAUGAACUUCUAUCCAUACGCCGGAAUUCCAGAUUAUAUGCGUAAAACGUAUCCUUAUAUACAAUUUGGCACUGAUCGACGAGCUGUUUCCUGA